UCUCUCUCCCCGCCCGCCCCCAUGGAACCCGAGAUCCAGCGGCAGACCCCUGUAACGUCGCCGGAGAAGUCCCCUCCCGGGCCGGACGCCGCCGCGGUUCUCCCCGUCGACGCCAGACCAGCGCCGGCGGCGGGCACCCGGAAGACGCUGACCCUCAUCCCCCUCAUCUUCCUCAUCUACUUCGAGGUCGCCGGCGGCCCGUACGGGGAGGAGCCGGCGGUCCAGGCGGCCGGGCCGCUGCUGGCCCUGGUCGGGUUCCUGGUCUUCCCGUUCAUCUGGAGCAUCCCGGAGGCCCUCGUGACGGCCGAGCUCUCCACGGCGCUCCCCGGCAACGGGGGGUUCGUGCUGUGGGCGGAGCGGGCGUUCGGGCCCCUCUUCGGCUCCCUGAUGGGGACGUGGAAGUUCCUGAGCGGCGUGAUCAACGUGGCCGCCUUCCCGGUCCUCUGCAUAGACUACGUCAAGAAGCUGUUCCCGGUCUUCGAGUCCGGGUGGCCGCGGAACGUCGCAAUCGCGGUAUCCACACUGAUGCUGUCCUUCCUGAAUUACACCGGCCUGACGAUCGUGGGCUACACCGCCGUCGUGUUGGGCAUUGUUUCUCUGAUGCCCUUCCUCGUCAUGUCUUCAAUCGCGAUCCCAAAGAUUCGGCCUCACAGAUGGCUUAGCUUGGGACAGAAGGGAGUGAAGAAAGAUUGGAACUUGUACUUCAACACCCUCUUCUGGAACCUCAACUUCUGGGACAAUGUCAGCACCAUGGCAGGGGAAGUCGACAGGCCGCAGAAGACCUUCCCUGUGGCCCUCCUAGUGGCCGUGGUCUUCACCUGCGUGGCCUACCUGAUCCCGCUCUUCGCCGUGACCGGCUCCGUCUUGGUGGACCAGAGCCAGUGGGAGACCGGGUUCAUGGCUGACGCGGCAGAGAUCAUUGCCGGGAAGUGGCUCAAGGUAUGGCUCGAGAUCGGGGCGGUCCUGUCGGCGAUCGGGCUCUUCGAGGCCCAGCUCAGCAGCAGCGCGUUCCAGCUCCUGGGCAUGGCGGAUUUGGGGAUGCUGCCAAGGGUCUUCGCGGCCCGGUCCAAAUGGUUCGACACCCCCUGGUUGGGGAUCCUGUUGUCCACGGCCAUCUGCCUUGGGUUCUCCUACAUGAACUUCACCUCGAUCAUAUCUUCGGCCAACUUCCUGUACAGCCUGGGGAUGCUGCUGGAGUUUGCGUCCUUCCUAUGGCUGCGGAGGAAGAUGCCGGCGCUGAAGAGGCCGUACCGGGUCCCUCUAAGCCUGCCGUGGCUGGCGGUGCUGAGCCUGGUGCCGUGCGGGUUCUUGGUGGUGAUCAUGGUGUAUGCCACAAAGGUUGUGUACUUGGUGAGCGGGCUCAUGACUGUGGGCGGGAUCGGGUGGUUCUUCCUGAUGAGGUUCUGCAAGUCCAGGAAGAUACUCAAGUUCAGCAAUGGUGACAUUGGUGAGGUUCAUGAAGAGGAUUGAAUAGUUCAGACAAAUGCCAUUUAGAAUCAUAGAAGAAAUCUGGGUAAAUAGAAAAAGAUUUGUCUUAUUUAGCUGUAUCUCUCCUUCCUAGACAUGUUUCAAGAUCUCCAUGUUGUAAAUUCCACGGAUUCAUCCGGAAGCAAAUGAGGCUUGCCCUUUCAGGGACGGGAUUUUCCGGUUCGGAACCAGAUCCAGUUCACGAUUGUACCUCCACCAUUUCAAGGAGCCGGUUGCUUAUCGCGAUUUGGGU